ACUGCAAAGGCCCUGAUGCUAUAUGUAUGUGAAAUUAAUAUCUUCUGGUGGUCAUGAAUUUAUUGUAAAAAGAGAACAUGCAUUAACAUCAGGAACAAUAAAGGCCAUGUUGAGUGGUCCAGGUCAGUUUGCUGAGAAUGAAACCAACAUGGUCAAUUUUAGAGAGGUCCCCUCAUAUGUGCUACUGAAAAUGUGUAAGUAUUUUACCUACAAGGUCUGCAAUACUAACAGCUCCACAGAAAUUCUUGAAUUCCCAAUUGCACCUGAAAUUGCACUGGAACUGUUGAUGGCUGUAAACUUCCUAGAUUGUUAA